GGAGGGAUAUAACCUACUACACCUUGUAGCAAAGCGCGGUGCGACGCUGCAACUCCUUGAGCCAGCGUGCAAACACCGCUGCACCGGAUUGUUGUCGGGGAGCUAAACAAGGGAAUGACAUAAACACACCCAGAGAUGGUUUACUACCCGCGGGGACCUUCAGAGACACCACCACCACCACCGCCGCUGCUGCUGCUGCUGUGAACUUUUCUGUCCUAAAACUGUACAAACCAGAAAGUAGGGGGAGAUUACAGAGAAAGUGCUUCUGCUUCUUCUUAUCAGCAAAAGGGAUUAAUUAUGCCGGACCAAAUCACAGUUUCAGAGUUUGUGGCAGAGACUAAUGAAGAUUAUAAAUCGCCGACCGCCUCUAACUUCACCACCAGGAUGUCCCACUGCAGGAAUACAGUGGCUGCCCUGGAGGAGGCUCUGGAUGUGGACCGCAGUGUUCUGUACAAGAUGAAGAAGUCUGUGAAGGCCAUCUACACGUCUGGUCUAGCCCACGUAGAGAACGAGGAACAGUACACUCAGGCUCUGGAGAAGUUUGGAGAAAACUGCGUGUACAGAGAUGAUCCAGAUCUGGGUUCAGCUUUCCUCAAGUUCUCCGUCUUCACCAAGGAGCUCACUGCGCUCUUCAAAAACCUGUUCCAAAACAUGAACAACAUCAUCACCUUUCCUCUGGACAGCCUGCUGAAAGGAGACCUGAAGGGAGUCAAAGGGGAUCUGAAAAAGCCUUUUGACAAAGCCUGGAAGGACUAUGAGACAAAAGUCACCAAGAUAGAGAAGGAGAAGAAGGAGCACGCAAGGCAGCACGGGAUGAUCAGGACGGAAAUCAGUGGGGCAGAAAUUGCUGAAGAGAUGGAGAAGGAGAGGAGAUUCUUCCAGCUGCAGAUGUGUGAGUAUCUCCUCAAAGUCAAUGAGAUCAAAAUCAAGAAGGGGGUGGACCUGCUGCAGAAUCUCAUCAAGUACUUCCAUGCGCAGUGCAAUUUCUUUCAGGACGGUCUGAAAGCCGUGGACAACCUGAAACCUUCCAUAGAAAAACUGGCAACAGAUCUGCACACGAUAAAGCAGGUGCAGGAUGAAGAGCGGAAACAGCUGACUCAGUUACGAGAAGUCCUCAAGUCAGCGCUACAGGUGGAGCAGAAGGAGGAAUCACAGGUGCGGCAGAGCACCACCUACAGCCUGCACCAGCCACAGGGUAACAAGGAGCACGGCACCGAGCGCAGCGGCUACCUUUACAAGAAAAGUGACGGGUUGAGGAAAGUGUGGCAGAAGAGAAAGUGCACAGCAAAGAACGGAUACCUCACCAUCUCACACGGCACAGCUAACCGGCCGCCUGCUAAACUCAACCUGCUCACCUGCCAGGUGAAACACAAUCCUGAAGAGAAGAGAAGCUUUGACCUCAUAUCCCACGACAGAACGUAUCACUUUCAGGCCGAGGACGACCAGGACUGUCAGAUCUGGAUCUCGGUGCUACAGAACAGUAAGGAGGAGGCUUUGAAUCAGGCCUUUAAAGGGGACCAACAUGUCGGCGAGAACAACAUCGUGCAGGAGCUGACCAAGGCGAUCUUGGGAGAGGUCAAAAGGAUGACGGGAAACGACGUGUGCUGCGACUGCGGAGCGCCCAACCCGACGUGGCUGUCCACCAACCUGGGCAUCCUAACUUGCAUUGAAUGUUCGGGGAUCCACAGGGAGCUGGGAGUCCACUACUCCAGGAUCCAGUCACUCACUCUUGACGUACUCAGCACCUCAGAGCUCUUGCUGGCCAAGAAUGUGGGGAAUGCAGGCUUUAAUGAAAUCAUGGAGGCUUGUUUAAGUGCUGAAAAUGUGGUGAAACCCAACCCAUCCAGUGACAUGCAGGCGAGGAAAGACUUCAUCACGGCCAAAUACACCGAGAAACGUUUCGCCAGGAAGAAGUGUCCCGAUUCGACGUCGCGGCUCCAUACGUUGUGUGACGCAGUGAAGGCCCGGGAUAUUUUUUCGCUCAUCCAGGUCUACGCAGAGGGAGUCGACCUCAUGGAGCCCAUACCUCUGGCCAACGGACACGAACAAGGAGAGACUGCCCUUCAUCUCGCAGUCAGACUGGUGGAUAGAACGUCUCUUCACAUCGUCGACUUCCUCACUCAGAACAGUUUGAACUUGGACAAGCAGACGGUGAAAGGCAGCACAGCGCUGCACUACUGCUGCCUGACGGACAACAGCGAGUGUCUGAAACUGCUGCUGAGAGGAAGAGCUUCAGUCUCCAUCACAAACGAAGCCGGAGAGACGCCGCUGGACACCGCUAAACGUCUCCGACACACCGAGUGUGAAGAACUGUUGACUCAGGCUCAGACGGGAAAGUUUAACGUCCACGUUCACGUUGAGUACGAGUGGCGUCUCCAGAACGAGGACCUGGACGAGAGCGAGGACGAGAUGGAGGACAAGCCCAGCCCUCAUCGCAGAGACGAGCGUCCGGUCAGCUGCUACACCCCGGGCAGUAACUCCCACCUCCAGACCAGUCUGGGGUCUGCGGGCCGCGACGCCGCCAACCUCGCCAAGGACAAGCAGCGUGCCUUCAUGCCCAACCUGGUCAACAAUGAGACCUAUGGCACCAUCCUCAACAACCCGCCUCAGUCCUCCACCACCUCUGCUCCGCCCCUGCCCCCGAGGAACCUGGUCCAAUUAUCCGGUCUUGGAGGGAUUGGUCAGUCUUCAGCAUCCAGCAGCUGGAAGCCUGGUCCUUUAGACCUGGUUGGCCGACAGAGGUCGUCCUCAGACCCCCCCAACAUGCACCCUCCUGUGCCCCCCAUGAGACUCACAUCAACUGGAGGUCUGGGUUCUGCUUCGGUGGCGAAGAUGGAGGCCAUGAACAUACAGUCCAAGUCGGGCCAGGGACCACUGGGGUCCAGAAUAGCGCCACCUAAAUCUCCGGCAGGCAAUGAUAAAAGCUUCAACAGAGGACCUCUGAAUCGGACACAAUCCAUCGAAAGACCAGCUAAGGAAGUGCCAGGAUGCCCCCAGAACUCCAUAGGUCAGUCUCUGCCUCCAGCCCCCAUGCCGAGGAAGGCCUACCCAAAGCAGAGGCCGAAACGGGUGAAAGCCAUCUACAACUGCAUAGCCGACAACCCGGACGAGCUGACCUUCUCUGAGGGCGAGGUGAUCGUGGUGGAUGGAGAGGAGGACCAGGAGUGGUGGCUGGGCCACAUCGAAGGCGAUCCGAUAAGAAGAGGAGCCUUCCCGGUUACAUUUGUACACUUCAUUGCUGACUGAACGGUUGCUCUCUGGGUCUCAGGAACAGAAUGCAGCGUCCCGUCUCCGUCUGCCAGCCAGCAAAACCUCCACCGUCGUCCCAAUGUUUGUUGUCAACAUCCAUCGUCUUUACUGGCAUCAUCCGCAAGCUUGUUAGUGUCACUGCUGUAUCCUCACCUCGGCUGCAAAUCUGCGUGGGUCAUCCUGGCAGCCCUGGCUUAGACUUGCGCCAGAAAGUCUGGGUGUCGCUCCUUGCGAGGACUCGUGGGACUGUAAUGUGGGUUUUAUUGCUUGCUGUUCAUGUUUCUGACAAAGACUCUAAGAUUUAAAACAAAAAAAAAACAUGAUUGUAGUGAAUGACCUCUCGCAAUAAAUGCACUUUCCUUGUCUUUAUCCUUGUUACAACAUAAGACGACGUGACAUAAUGAAGGUUAUAUGUACAGUAUUAAUUUCAUCCGUUUUCUGCUCCGCUGUGUUGUACAGAAGGUUCAGAAAAGCGAUAGUACUGAGAAGACAACAGCAAUGUAUUUUAUCUUACUAACAACUGUAAAUGUGAACAUAGUCAACAUGCUUACAUUCCACCUCCGUGCACGAGCGAUUUUAAAUGCCUACCUGCUUUUCAACCCUGUAGUGGGCCUCCCAUGUGGAGGUUUUUCUAAUGGUGCUAAAUUAACCCUGGAAUAUGCUAGAAGCCGCACCCGAGGGAGCGCUUCCCUGUCCCCCGUAUCAAAGACAGACUGGCGUGAAAGGGAGGAAACGCAAAAAUAAAAAAUAGCCUCCAACUCAUCACACAGACACAUCAGUGAUGGAAAUGUAUGCCACAUCAUCUUCUACAACUGCUUCUCUACACACGUGCACACACACACCCCCUGUACUAUUUUAUAGAUAAUGUUAGCAACACUCCAGUUCUUCCUCCUGUACUGCUUCAGGGUGAAUGACGAGACUGACUGGAGCUGCAGCAGCCAGUAAUUACCGUUAUGCUGAGUCUGACACAUCAGGCCGUCUUUGCCUGUCAUCUGCCUUAUUAGAGGAAUAGUGUGUGUGUGUGUGUGUGUGUCGUCUGCACAGUAUAAGCUGAGAAUGAAAGAAUAUUGAAGUUAAGAAAUAAAAAAAGAGCGACUGGGGAAUGUGAUGAAAACCGGGAGGUAGCUCUGUGACUUUAGUUGCUCCCUCUUGCCUUUGAGAGCUCCCAGACUCUUUUGACACUCUCUGUUCAACUAGACAUAAAGAGAAAGGAAUAUACUUCCUACAGCUUAAGCCUCUGAUAUCUGGGGUCCUAUAAUGUAGAAAGAUGAGUUUAUCAAUAGUGUUAUGAAAGAAAUAUAAAACAAUCAAUGUAAUUAACUUCAUUUUGGUUGCAGAGCAACUUUCUUUCUGUUCAUAAUGCUGAUGUUAGGCGUUGGACCUGAAACCGGAGCCUUCCAUGGAUAUUAAGAAGAGAAGCAUGUGAAUCGUAGCUGAUCUGUUCUCUUCAACGUGUUUAAUAUGAACUCACUGGAAACAGGAAGAUUUAAUAAUCUAUUCAUGUAAAUAGAUUUGGUUUUGUUUUGUUGAUAUUUAAAUGUAAAAAAAAAAAAGAGAGCAGAGCUAACCUGGGCAGUAAAUGUCUUUUAAUGCGCUGUGGUGAUGAGCAGUUACAGAUAUGACCUCAGCUGGACCUGUGUGUGUGUGUGUGUGUGUGUGUGCUGAAAACACAAAUAUAGUCUCACACACAUAACUGGGAAAAUAAACUUAAUUCAUCCUCAUUAACUGUAUGUGGAUCACUGCAUCGCCUCUUAACUCUAUUGUGCAAGUAAAUGGGAAAAUGAAACUGGAAUAAUAAAAUAUGAAA